CUGUCGAGUGCUGGGCAAUCCGAGAUUCAUACAAAUCAUAGAGGUGGCAAAUGUACUCGCAGGGCCUUCUAAUGUUUAUAUUAGGCAGUAAUUAAAUUGGUAUAGAUCAACAAAAACAAAAAAAAAACAAAAAUUGAAUUAAAAAAUAAACACAAAUAAACAUAUCAUAAAGUAUUAACAUAUCGAAGGCAACACGCGAAAAAUUUUGCAGUUUAAUUGAGGAAUAAAAAUUUAAUGGAUUUCAUUGCGUUCAGUUCGGUUCCAGAGUUAAUUUGCAUAUCGUAACAAUUGUUAAUGAGCUGCGUGCGUGUGAACGGAACAUUUGUAUUAACUUGAGAAUAAUUAGUGAAAUUGAAUUUGAAAUUGAAAUUGAAAUAUUAGUUCAACGUGCAUUACUGCAACAACAAAACUGCACUUCCUUGCCAUUGCAUUGUGUUUUAAAUGCGAAAAUUUCUUAAUAUUGCAACAUUCUGUGCAAGUCAAGCGAAGGAAAAAAUACUAAAAACUGCAAAUGCAUUCCACGACAUGCGGCAUAGGUGCAUCCGCAGCUAAUUCAACUACUGCGUCUUUGCAAUCAGCUGAUGGCUUAAAAAUGGUGCACAGCAAUGAUGAUGCCAUGAAUAAAAUUCCACUUAAAUCCUCAUCCGGUUUGGAUGAUGAGGAAAAAAAUGGCGGUGAAUUUGUGCACGAUACAACAGCUGCUGAGGAAGCCAGACGUGAACAAAUGCGUGCAAAUAUCUUAAAAUGGGUUAAAAAAUUAACAAUUGUGCUCAUCUGCUUCAUUGGUAUUGCACUUAUUAGCUACGUUAUAAUUAGUUUAUGUUUUAGUGACUGGUCAAAGUCAACAAACUCAGCUUCCCCAACAACUUCCACUAACACUUCUCUUUUACCAGAUGAUACCAACAACAUUGUUAGCAGUAAGAGCAGCGGUAGUAGUCAAAAAAAUGACAGCACAAUUACAGAUGAAGAUUCAACAAGUCGAGAGGUUGAUGCAAAUAACAACAAUGUUACAUAUGUAGCUUCGUUUGAUUCGAGUGGAAAACACGUGAUGGAGACGACAACAAAGACCACGACAACAGUAACUCAAACCACCUCAGCAACAGUCAAAGACUCUAGCACAAAAGCUGCUUCGUUGGCCCCAACUACCGUCGAAACAAUAGAAGAACCCAAAACUGGCAAGAGCACAUCCAAAGUGAAAGCCGAUUUACUCCACGAUACACCAAUCACAGAUACAAAAUUCGAAUCCAAAUUGGGUGUGUUUGAGCAGGCGGCUGUAUGCUCAGAUAAGGAGGUUUGCAGUCAAGUUGGCAGCCAUAUAUUGGAAGAAGGAGGCAGCGCUGUGGAUGCGGCCAUCGCUACAAUGUUGUGCAAUGGUGUGGUAACCAUGCAUAGCAUGGGCAUUGGUGGUGGCAUGUUGAUGAACAUUUACAUUAAGGAGCAAAAGCAUGCAUUCUCGAUUGAUGCACGCGAAGUUGCGCCUUUUUCAGCCGUUCAGGAUAUGUUCGACAAUAACUCUAAUUUAUCUUUGCAUGGUGGACUAGCAAUAGCUGUGCCCGGUGAAUUAAUGGGUUAUCAUCGAGCACAUGAACGUUUUGGUAAAUUAACAUGGAAGCAAUUAAUUGAACCAUCAAUUAAGAUAUGCAAUGAAGGCUUCUAUUUAAGUAAACAUCAAUGGAAUGCAUUCCAGUACAAACGAAAGCAUUUACUAAAUAAUACCGUCAUCACAAAUGUAUUCCUUAAUGAAACUACUGGGGAACUACAUCCAAUUGGUACAAAACUGAAACCACCGAAAGAGCUUUGCAGUACCUAUGAAUUAUUAGCAGAAAAUGGACCACUCGAUUUUUAUAAUGGUACACUUGCUAAGCUCGUAGCAGAGGACUUAAAGGACUUAGGUAGUCCCAUAACAUUAUAUGAUUUAGAAACAUAUGUUGCUGACUUAGUUAGCUCCAUAACCAUGCAAUUGGGUAAUGAUACGCUAUACUCCGUACCACCUAUUAGUAGUGGCAGUGUGGUGGCGAAUGUGCUCAGCAUUUUGGAGAACUUCAAUUUUACCAAAGCUGAUUUAGCAGAUGUCAAAGACGAAGCACUAACAAUACAUCGCAUCGUGGAAGCUUUGAAGUUUGGCUUUGCUAAGCGUUGGGAACUUGGUGACUUAAGAUUCAACGAUGUGCGGGAGCUUGUUAGUAAAUUAACUACACCUGAGUAUAAUACUGCAUUAAGCGCACAAAUCAAUGACUCCAGUGUACUCAACAGUAUAUAUGAGUAUGGUGCACAAUAUUUAGGUGUUGAUGAUGUCGGCACCUCACAAGCUGUAAUUUUGGCACCUAAUGGAGAUGCAGUCUCGAUAACAAGUUCUGUAAAUGACUACUUUGGUGCUGGUCAGGCCGGAAAACGUACUGGUAUUAUAUUUAAUAGCUGUAUGAAUGACUUUUCCAUACCAAAUACAUCAAACUACUUUGGACUACCAGCGGCACCCAGCAAUUACAUUGACGCACGUAAACGUCCAAUGUCAUCAAUGUCUCCAAUGAUUCUCACGGAUCCGGCUGGUGAUAUACGCAUGGUAUUUGGUGCUGCUGGCGGUUCUAAAAUUAUAUCUGCUGUUGUUGAGGUAGCGGCACGUGUUUUAUGGUUCGAUCAGAAUAUUAAAGAAGCUAUUGAUGCGCCGCGUUUCCAUCAUCAAUUGAUGCCAAAUAUAUUGGAAUAUGAAAACGAAGGUUUUAGUGAGGAAACACUCAAACUAUUGCGUGACAAAGGACAUCAAGUAAAGCCAUAUAAAUAUAUUGGUUCGGUUGUUUGUGGCAUAGUGAGGAACAGCACAGCAGUAUACGCAAAUGCAGAUUAUCGCAAACAAGGAGGUGUUGCGGGCUAUUAAAAUCUCAUUUAUAGAUCUUAAGAUAUUUAUACACGGUAAUUUAUAUAUGUCAUUUCUAGAUCUAUAGUCAUUUGUAUUAUUACUAAUUGCUAAUCGUACGCAAAUAUAAGAUUAAUUAUAAUUAUAA